AUGGCUCUCCAGUUUGUGUUUUGCAUUGGCAAAACUCCCACUAUCGUCAUUUUUGUUCCAUUGUUAAGCGUCCUAGGAGCCUUUGUCAUUGUCAUGAUCAUUCGGCCAAUAUUAUGGCUUGCAUCACGGUUGUGCCGUCCCAUGGCCAGAGCUAGGCUUUCCUCACCUCAGCCUCCUGGCCCUCUGCCUAACCAAGGCCUGCACGAAAGGGAUCUCCGGGCCCUUCCAAGAGUCUCAUAUAAUGCAGCAGGUGAUGCAAGAUUCACAGAAUGUGCAAUCUGCUUGAUGGAGUUUGUGGACGGAGAUAUAAUCAGGGUGUUGCCUUAUUGUGGUCAUGGAUAUCAUGUGAGCUGUGUUGACAGGUGGCUGAAGUGCCAUUCUUCAUGCCCGUCCUGUCGUGGCACCGUGGCUAUUAUAGAAGAGAGGUGCCCAAAAUGA